UGCGGAAGCCGCCCUGGUGGGGUCCUCUUUGGCAGCUGGCUGUGAGCGGGAGGCCUGAGCGGAGAGCGGCGGCGGCGGCGCGGCGAGGUCCGGUCCGCUGUGCCCCAGCGCAAUGGAGGAGCUCGAUUGCGAGCCCGCAAUAACUUGGAUUCCAGGCGUGAAUUCCAAAAAGAAGCAAAUGUGUUUUGACUGGGGUCCCGGGGAGAUGCUCCUGUGUGAAACUUCCUUCAGCAAAAAAGUAGACACAUCCGAGAAGGUGCCGAGCUGCCCCUUUAUCUACAUCGUACGGAAAGAUGUAGAUGUUUACUCUCAGAUUUUGAGAAAACUCUUCAAUGAAUCCCAUGGAAUCUUCAUUGGCCUGCAAAGAAUUGAGGAGGAAUUGACCGGAAAAUCCAGGAAAGCUCAAUUGGUUCGAGUGAGUAAGAAUUACCGAUCAGUCAUACGGGCCUGUAUGGAAGAAAUGCACCAGGUUGCAAUUGCUGCUAAAGAUCCAGCCAGUGGUCGGCAGUUCAGCAGCCAGGUUUCCAUUUUGUCAGCCAUGGAGCUCAUUUGGAACCUGUGUGAGAUCCUUUUUAUUGAAGUAGCCCCAGCUGGUCCUCUCCUCCUCCAUCUUCUUGACUGGGUCCGACUGCACGUGUGUGAGGUAGACAGUUUAUCGGCAGAUGUUCUGGGCAGUGAGAACCCAAGCAAACAUGAGAGCUUCUGGAACUUGGUGACUGUCUUGGUGCUUCAGGGCCGGUUGGAUGAGGCACGACAAAUGCUGUCCAAAGAAGCUGAUGCCAACCCCUCCUGUGCAAGCAUGUGCCGCAUCCUUGGGGACCUGAUGAGGACAAUGCCCAUUCUCAGUCCUGGCAACACUCAGACGCUGACUGAACUGGAGCUGAAGUGGCAGCACUGGCGUGAGGAAUGUGAGCGGCACUUGCAAGACAGCACGUUCGCAGCCAGCCCCCGCCUGGAGGCUCUCUGCAAGGUGUGGGCGGGGGCAGGCCAGGGCUGGGCACUUCUUUGGGAACCUGGCAUCCAGGCAGCAAGCAGCUGGAUUUUCUUUGGAGAGCCGCCCCACCCCCCCUCCCACCCGCACCCCCACCCCCACCCCCAGUCUCUGCUUCCAUCUUGGGAGAUUGAGUUGGGCUAUCACCUUCCACAGUCUAGCCUGGACAUGUUUCUGGGGGGUGAGAGCAGUCCAGAGCCACUGGACAACAUCUUGAUGGCAGCCUUUGAGUUUGACAUUCACCAAGUGAUCAAGGAGUGCAGCAUUGCCUUGAGCAACUGGUGGUUUGUAGCUCACCUCACCGACCUUUUGGAUCACUGCAGACUCCUCCAGUCACACAACCUCUAUUUUGGUUCUAAUAUGAGAGAAUUCCUUCUGCUGGAAUAUGCCUCAGGACUGUUUGCUCAUCACAGCCUGUGGCAGCUGGGGGUGGAUUACUUUGACUACUGCCCGGAGCUGGGCCGAGUUUCCUUGGAGCUGCACAUUGAGCGGAUUCCUCUCAACACAGAGCAGAAAGCCCUGAAGGUGCUGAGGAUUUGUGAGCAACGGCAGAUGACCGAACAAGUUCGAAGCAUCUGUAAGAUCUUGGCCAUGAAGGCUGUCCGCAAUAAUCGUCUGGGCUCAGCCCUCUCUUGGAGCAUCCGAGCCAAAGAUGCUGCUUUUGCCACACUCGUAUCUGACAGAUUCCUCAGGGAUUACUGUGAGAGAGGCUGCUUUUCUGAUCUGGAUCUCAUUGACAACCUGGGGCCAGCCAUGAUGCUCAGUGAUCGACUGACAUUCUUGGGGAAGUACCGGGAGUUCCACAGACUGUAUGGGGAGAAGCGCUUUGCCGAUGCCGCUUCUCUCCUGCUGUCCCUCAUGACAUCUCAGAUCGCACCCCGCUCUUUCUGGAUGACUCUGCUCACAGACGCCCUGCCUCUUUUGGAACAGAAACAGGUGAUUUUUUCAUCAGAACAGACAUAUGAGCUGAUGCGCUGCCUGGAAGACUUGGCCUCAGGGAGGCCAGGGUGUGGUGAGCUGGAUGCCCAGAGACUCCAGGAUGACGACAUAGAGACCACGAAGGUGGAAAUGCUGAGACUGGCUCUUGCUCGGAAUCUUGCUCGGGCAAUUAUAAGAGAAGGCUCAUUGGAAGGUUCCUGAGAUAAGCUGAGGACAGUUGCAUUAUAGUAGCUUUGUAUGUCGAUGUAAAUAGAUUUUAAAAGAAUAAAUUCUCUUUUGCAAAUAUAAAAGGC